CCUCUGAGAGGAGGACUGAUGUGGGUUUGUUAUUGCUGGGCUAAGGAGGCACUUUGGAUGGUCAUGGGGCUGCGUUCAGUCCUUUUAUUCUGCGUGAUUGUCACAGGAGUGCCUAGGAGAUCUCAGGAGAAUUUAGGCCCGGAGGCUGCCUGUAUGACUGAGUGUGCUGAACACAGUGGGCUGAAUUUCCCCAAAGGAUCCAGAUAUAGCUACAGGUAUUCAACAGCCACCAAUACGUUCCUGCAGGGAAGCAUCUACAAAAGGAGUGGUAUGUCUCUGGAGAGCACAGUGAUCAUUGAAGCCCUAGGAAAGUGCCAGAUGGUCUUAAAAUUGCAAGAUGUACAGAUAAAGACAACCCUGGCAUCCAGAGAGGAGUCUCUGAAGGAAAUGGACAGUUUAAGGGAAGUACUAGAGCAGCAUCCACUUCAUUUUUCUUUCCAUGAUGGGAAAAUUCUGAAGAUCUGCCCCUGGCAGCGUGAACAGGCCUGGGUGCUGAACAUCAAACGGGGCAUUCUCAGCGUUCUUCAGACAUCACCUGCAGCUGCUGGCGGUGGAACUGUUGAAGAGAUGGAUAUUCUGGGAAAAUGCCCAACUAAAUAUCAGCGGAAAGGCUCUCUUGUUUUGAAGACAAAAGACUUAAACCUGUGUUCUCACCGGUAUUCAGGUUUUAGUUCUCUGCAGUCCAUGGCUCUGCCUGAUGUGCUGUCGCAGCAGCAGAUCCUGUCCUGCAAACUGGAAUGCGCUCAGAGCUUUACGGAUGGAAUCCUGGCGGAGGCCAAAUGCACUGAAUCCAGUCUUGUCGCACCUUUCUCUAGGAAGGGCAGUGGGGCGAAGACACAGACCCAGUCCUCACUGAAACUACUUGAAGUGGCAGCAGAGAUGUUGCACAAAACAGUGGACUCCAAUGAUCUCUAUGUGAGUAAUAUGCUGUAUGAAAGGGAAGAAAAUGAGAGGCCAUCCACAGGAGAGGAGGUGGCUGAACUAGUGCGGAAGCUCUGCUUAGCGCACAGCAUGAGUUUUGAGACUGCAGACCUCUUCAUAACUCUGGUGUUCGAGCUUCGAAGUCUCUCUGCUGAUGCUUUAAUAGGCCUUUGGCGUAGAUCUUCGUUUAAAUGCAGGGACAACUGGCAGCCGCUAGUAGAUGCUCUCCCAUCGUGUGCUACAGAGGCCUGUGUUGUCCUGAUGAAAGAAAUUAUUGUUGCAAAAGAAGUGGAGGAGGACAAAAUGGAAUCUUUCCUUUGGUCAUUGUCAUUCAUUCCUGAGCCCACCACAGGCAUGAUCGACUCUCUUGCUCCUUUGCUGCAGUCACCAGGAGCAAGUCAGAGUGUCUUCUUAGGAAUAACUGCUUUGGUGCAUCACUUUUGUUCAGCUAACAGCGCCUGUGACCUUCUGCCUGCAGUACAGAUGGUGACAAGAAUUCUGGCAGGAUACUUGGGAGGAAACUGCACCUUGCAAGAAUCAGGACUCAGCCAGCUGCAGCUAGUGUUAAAAGCAAUUGGAAAUGCAGGGCUGGCAGCAACAUCUCUAACACCUAGCCUGAGUUCUUGUGCAUCCCUGAGAAGCAAUCCCACUGAAAUCCGCCUGGCUGCCAUACAGGCCUUCAGACGCAUUCCCUGUUCUGCCAAUCGUACUGUAUUAGUCCGUUUAUAUCAAGCAGCCGAUGAUGAUGUAGAAAUAAGAAUUGCUUCAUAUUAUAUAGCAAUGAAAUGUCCAAGUGAAGAGCUGUUUAACCAAGUACAACAGACUUUGCAGGAGGAGACAUCCAGCCAAGUGGGUUCUUUUGUUUGGAGUCACCUCUCUCAGCUCCUGGAGACAGAUGAUCCCCUGAAGCAAUAUCUUAGAGAGUCUCUUCCUGAUGACAUUCUCAGCAGAGAGUUUGACUGGGAGAUAUGGAAAUAUUCCUCAUAUUCAGAUGUCACUUUCCAUUCAGCAACUGCAGGUGCUAAUGUGGAGGCAGCACUGGUCUUUUCUCCUGCAUCUUUCAUCCCACGAUCAACAAUGACAAACUUGACUAUAUACACCCUAGGGCGGGCUAUAAAUCUAUUGGAGUUUAACAUACGGUUAGAGAAUGCGGAAGAUCUCAUGCAGAAGAUGGUUGGCCAACACUCUGCUAUUUUUAGUGAAUACUUGUUUACAAAUACUCAUGAAAGAAACUCCAAGUCAGAAAAUCCGGUGGAGGCAGCUGGAAAAUCCAAACAAAAGAAGCAGACUUCAAAGAGAGACAGCCGUGGACGUCGUCUUGUGACCAAAGGUGCCAAGCCCAAGUUAAGAAACGCAAAGCAGAGCUGUCCAGGUGGAAAGUACAAUAAGAUGAGUGAGUUAGUGAAAAAGUUUACUGAAAGGAUGGGGAAAAAGAAGGAGCUGAAAUGUGAACUGAGCAUCAAGAUUUUUGGAAAUGAACUCAGCUUUUUUGACUGUGAGGAUAUAAAGAAGCAAGUGAAAUAUUAUUCCCUGAACCUGGCAGAGCUGGCUGUCAAGCUUCUAAAGGGACAAGAGGUCCAGUUUAAUAAAAGACUGAGUCUGGCUACUGAAGAAUUGUUCUUUCCAUCAAUUUCAGGCUUUCAGGUUAGACUGGCUUUAAAUGCAUCUGCAGCAACCAAUGUAAAAAUCAAAGGGAAUGUGGAUUUCAAACAACGAUCAAAUUUUUUCAUAAAUGGAUAUAUCAAGCCAAGUGCUUUUAUCCAGAUUUCUGCCCAAAUGGGAAUUGUGGGGAAUUUGGGAAGAGCUGGCUUGAAUUGGGUAACAGGACUGAGGACAUCAACCAGCCUUGAUGGAGGAAUCCAGGUGAAAAAAGGACAAGAACUUAAAGUUUUCUUGAACACCCCUGAAGAAUCCAUGGAGAUAAUCGAUUUCAGCUCCAAAUUUUACCUCACAACAAUGGAUGGGAUGGAAAAUAUUGAAGGUUUCCAAGACCAUAUAGAAACCAAAUCCUGCACUAGUGAGGAAGUGUCCAAGAUUUUUGGCUGGCAGUUGUGUUCUGAAAUGUCUUACCCUGGUAAAACCAGUGGCUUGCCUUUCCCAUUCUCUGGACCAGCAAAAGCAACUAUGACAUUAAAGAAGCAAGACAGAGGUUUGCAACUGUACCUGAUGGAAGCCGCCUAUAACUAUACUCCUCAGGAGGAUUCUUGGAUUCCAAGUGAAGUUGUCCUUCAUUUCUUUAUUGGGACGCCAAAGUCAGACCUGAAAAGGGAUGUUGGGGUUGACCUCAAUUUCAAUGUCCCACAGAAAAAAUUCAGAAUCAAAUUUAUACAGCCAAAGAAAAUAAUCCAAGUUGAUGGAAAACUUGAGUUAUCUAAGAAUUCACGAGUUGGACACCUGGAGCUGAUACUAGAUGACAAAGAUGUCUAUUACAUUAAGGGAAUGACGGGUUUGCAAACAGUGAGUGGAGAGCAGAGAUACACAGCCCAGCUGGAGGUAAAGCUGAUAAAGCAAGGCAGCCCAAUCGUUCUGUCAGGAAACAUCACUAAGCAACUUGGCAAGAAAAUGGCUUUUUCAGUGUCCCUGCAUAAUUUAUUGAAGGAUGCAGCAUUUCUUUCAGUAUUUCUGGAGAAAAAGGUUGAUGAUAAACUGAGGCAGUACUCACUCGAAGGGGAGACCUACUUUCCAGGUGUUCUUGGAUCUCACACCAUUGGCCUGCUGCAGCAACGAGGGAGCCUGUGGGCUAAUGCUCUGAGAAUAAAAUAUGGACUCCUAGGAGAUGCGAAAAAUCUUCGGCAUGAAUGUAAUGCAGGACAGAAAAUUAAAGUGGAGACCAGUUCAAAUGAAGCAUACAAAUUGGAUUUGGGACAUGAGCUUCACUGUACACAGACUCCAUCCUAUAACCACAAGGUUCAUUUGCUGCAUGAAGAGAGUGCAUCUCGGCUCUACUCCCAGCUGGAAGUCAACUAUGGCAAACACUGGGAUGAAAUCAAUAACAAGAGGAAGCUACUGAUCAGCCAGACAUUUAAAAAUAGUUCAAGUCCAUCUCAGGUCAACUACUUCAUGGAGUUUACCAUGCAAGUCCCAGAAAAGCAGGUGAAUUACAGAACCCAGCUGCAGCACUCACAUACCUCUCAGGGCCGUUCGGAGAGUAGCACCAACAUUAAGGUGCAGUAUAAUGACCGCAUGCCAUUUGUGGCAGGACUGCAGUGGAAAGAUACAUCCAGAAAUUACCUUAGGAAGUGGGAAGGUGCAUUAAACAUGGAUACCCCGUGGCUAUAUCUGUAUGUGGCUCACAAACUACACCAACCUGAGCGAUCUGCUUAUCUGUCUACAAUGGAGCUAACAGCUGGGAAAGCCCUUUCCAUCAAGAACCUGGUGGUGGAAAUGUUCUGUAAAGACAAAGGCAAUGAAAAAGAAGGGAAAAUUCACAUCUAUACACCAACUACUACCUACCUGCGGGCAUCCACAGUCAAUCACCUUGAGAGGAAUGUUCUGCAUAGCUACAGUGAAGUGGUAUCAGUGUGGAACCAGCUCGUGAGGAAUGAGAUUCAUUUGGAGAAUAGCGAGCGAGCCAAGUUUCUUUGCUUUAAGAUAAAGAGUACAAAGCAAGAAUUUAAUUUGUCAGCUGACUAUUUACACCUGCAGGGGCCUAAAAAGACUAACCUCUCCAUGAAGGCUCUAUGGACAGACCACAAGAGUCUGCCAGUUGUGCUGCAGCUUGAGGGUCAGAUAGAAGAGCUGAAGAAAGAUAAAAUGUUCUACCAGAAACGUGGAACCAUCCAUAUCAGACAUCCAUUUAAACUGCCCAUUCCCCAGAGCUUCCUUCUCCAGGAGACAUUUACUGUAGACAAAAAGCAAAAACACUACUUCUUGGAAACUAAAAUUUUGAUAAAUGGGCUGGAUGAAUCAGUUCAAACCUUUACACUUGGCUACCAAGCUGAACAUCCCUAUAUUUGUGCUGGCUUAGCUCAUCCUUAUAACAGCAAGAUUUUCCCCCAAAAUGUAGAACUAUGUGCCUUAACCCGAUGUCACCAAAGUGCAAAGCAUGAGAUUGAAGCUAUUCUGAAAGUCAAUAAGAAAGAUGCCGUCAGGCUUCUGGGCAAGUACCAGAACAAAUCCAGCGAGACGGAUUUCAGACAUCUCUUACACAUGGACAUGACUCACUCAUUCCAGGUAUUUUUUCCGCAAGCACUGGCCCUGAAUGGAGAACUCUUUUCUGCGCAAACCAAACUGGAAGUCUUUGACUACGGUGUGAAUAUAAAAGCCACCAUCAACAGAAAUGAUACUUCACAGUUCAUUGCUCAACUAAAUGGAUCAAAUACUCACUUUGGAUUUUCUUCCCGGUUUACUCAUCCAUAUCAGUCAAAAUUCCCCCAAAGCUUUCAGGCCCAUGCAGCUGUUAAGAGUUAUGGUGAGAACAGUCUCAAUGGAUCACUUUACCUUCAUUCCAGUGGAAAGGAUCUAGCGCUGCUGGAGGUUGAUAUGAGCAAGGAGACCAGAAAGAACAGCAGGAUUAUUGGAGUGAGGGCUCUCCUGCAUCAGGCAAUUUUGACAGAACCAGAGUCUGUACAGCUGCAACUAAUGGGCAAAGUAUCUCCAUCAAGACUUCUAUUAUCUUCUGAGCUGAAGCUAAAUGAGAACAGGCUUCAUCUAGUUUUUUUGGGAGCGAUGGAGCAGAAAGUUGGUCUUCUCCUGUCCCUGAAUGGGAAAGUCCAACACAACAUUGGAGGCUUGAAGAUCAUACCACAGCUCUUUUCUCUGAAUGGAUCUCUGAAGCGCAAGAACAAUAUUCAUGAAGGUAACAUUAGUGUGAUGAUCAACAAGGCACUGUAUGGGCUGCAUCUCAGGAACAGAAAUGUAUUUGGGAAUAUCAGCCUGCACAAUGUCACUUUCAUAUUGACUCAGAACGGCAGCCAGGCAAUCCCACUGGAAGCAAAGUUAAAAGGACACCUGGAGCUCAAUAAAGGAAUCAAAAGGGGUCUAGCCAGCUUCCAGGUGGAUGAGCAAGCUCUCUAUGUAGAUAUUUCCAAUGUCAUGAAUCAGGUACACAGAGGAAUUGCUGGGACUCUCAUACAUAACAUCAGCUCUUUAAAAAAUGCAGGAUUUCCUAUAGAUGGCACUAUCACUGCCAUGUACGACCAUGUCAUUGCCAACCACACUGUUACUAUGGCCUUACAGAGUGGCAGCGAAAGGAUUGCUGCUGCAUUUGGAGUUGAGAGACUGUCCUUAGGAGAUUCUAAGUCCCAACUAACUGCAAGUUUGAAGCACAAUAUCACAAAGCUAAAGAAACACGGGAUCCCUUUUACUGUAGAAGGUGUCUGCUAUUACCAGGUCAAUUGCAGUGGAGAAUCUACCACUAAUCAGCUUUCUGGUCAUUGCAGUGGAGAGGUUGCCAGCUGUUUAUCUGAGACACCAGCAAGAAUUUCACUUAAUGGGUCAGUGUUCACCAGCAACUCUACGGCCAACUUCACUGGAUAUGUUUCUUCCGAUGACGCCUUCAUCCGCUUGCACCUCCAUGCCACCUGUGGCCUCCAACACAGUGUGGAGAUUGGCUUCAAGCAUUCCUUGCCUCAGCUUCAGUCUCUGGGCAUAGCCAAAGAGAACCAACUGAAGAUGUCAGCGGUCAGAGGAGACAUGUAUAAGGGCCUGCUGGAUAUUGUCCUUGGACAGUGCACUUUCAAAGCAGAUGGAGAAGUGAGACCAGCAAGCAACGAAACAGAUAUAGAAUGGAUAGUUACUCUGAUGAAUACGUGUGCCACCCUUCAGAAGGUGGGAUUACCUCAGACUCUAGUCACUGGGGGCUCGUUCAUUGUCAACACCUGCAAUAUUAGUUUAACAAUCAACCUCCAGUGCGAUGGCAAAACAGCUGAUGUGCAAAUAAAUAGCUCCUGUGGACACAAACACGCUUUCCAAGGAAUGUUGAGGCACUUGGUCCCCCAGCUCAGUGACAUAGGGCUGCCUGCUGAAAACUCCAUCCUACUUUCUGCAACUAAAGGAUCCACCAUUGAAGGCAUUUUGUCGCUACAGGCUGGUGAAUGCAAGCUCAAGGCUAGAGGAGAUCUACAGACCCAGAAUAAAACUGAAUGGACACUGAAGACAGAAAUAGAAUGUCAGCUUCUGCAGGAUCUCAAUAUCCCGGUUCAGUCGCAGCUCAUUGGAUCUAUUCAGAGGGAUGGCCGCCAAGCAGAACUUCUCUGUACCCUCAAAACAGGUGGCAAGUCUGCCCAUCUGAAAGUGAGAACAGAGUGCCAGCCAAAGGUCACGGUGGAAAUUGAAUUCAGGCAUGAACUGCCUCAGCUGAAGGAAAUACCAGGAGAAAACAAGUUGUCCAUCAUGGCAGGAAAAGAGUUAAAAUAUAGUAUUGACAUAGAACUGAAAUCAGGCACUUGUGAACUUCAAGCCAUUGGGGACCUUCAAGUGGAAAACAAACUUCAGUGGAAAAUACUUAUGGAGAACAAAUGCAAAACAAUGCAGGAGCUUGGAACACCAAUAAAAAUUGAUGGAUCAGGCUACAUCCUGAUAGAUAGAAUGAACCUAGAUUCACAAAUGCUAAUAAUUGUCGAUGAAAGUACAUUACAGGGCCUUCUUAUACUAAAAGCCACUAACGACAAACAAGAGCUGGAUGCCCAGAUAACUCAUAAUAUCCAAGGAGCCACUGAUCUUGGCAUUCCUGCAAGAACAUUAGUGGAUGUGACUUCAGAAAAAAAUGGUGACCUCUAUAAAAGAUUCAUUCAGUUUAGCGUGGACGGCAAACAAAUUACAGAAGAAUUGAGCUUUAUUCGGAAGCUGGACCAUGUGUCUAUUAACUACAAGCUCACACAUAACAUAGAGGCGCUGAAGGCACUGAGAAUAGAAGACAGGAUUGAGUUGCAGGCUACCAUUGACCUGAACGAUAGCAAGAGUUUCAGUAUCAAAACACUCUAUGGUUCUUACCUGAUGGUUCUGGGAGGACAAAUCCAAAAGACUGAGGCAAGAACUGACUUGACUGGGAAUUUCCAGCACAAUUGGCCAUGGCUGACACAACUUGGAGUCUCAGAGUUGAUCCAGAUGGUUGUAUCCCUUCAAAGAUUAAAUUCCACUCAAGAGAGACGUAUGCAAAUUAUGGCUGGACAAACAUCAGUCAUGUACACAGUUAACUCUCGUCACGUUGGCCAGCAAAUGGAAAUUUUCUGCCAAAGUGUACAUAACAGUGAGGCACUACUGACAUUUGGCUACCCUAAGGCGACCAAUCUGACUCUUGUCUUACAGAAACUAGAAAACAAAGCCAAGACAACCUUUGAAAUUCAAUAUGAUGACAAAUAUAUAACUCUGAAUAUGGAUGUUGUUACUGACUUUGAACCGUAUGAUAUGUUUGAACUGAUGGCAGAGGUAAAACAUUCAAUAACUGGUCUCAAGCAUCUGGGCCUGCCCUUCAUGAUUAAGAUAGCAUUCCUCGAAGUCCUGACUGCAAAUGAAAUUGAAGGCUCUCUGAAGUUGACCUGUGAAACAAACACAAACCUCUCAGUCACCAUCUCUGUGAAAAAUGAACAGCAAAGUGAAGAACUGAAUAUAAAAGCCCUACAGAAUGUCCCCUUCCUUCUUCAAUACUUCCCCAGCACAGCUGAACUUUCUUCAAAGGUAAAUUACUCCAUGAGGGAAGCAGAAGGCAGGUUCUCUAUCAGGAUGGGAAAAAAGGAUUUCCAUCUUACAACUAAGUUAACUUUCACUGGGACCAGCUACAGAAAAGUCAUUGAAAUGAUGCACACAAUGCCCCAGUUAAAAAUUCUUCCAAGGCAGCUUGUGUUCAUGACGGUUUACCAAAAAAGUAACAGAACUCAUUUGUUGAGACACAUUGUGCUGUGGGACGGCAAGGAGGUAAAAGUAACAGGCACUUACACUGGACUCUUCCCAAAGUUAUCUGGAGGUCAUGACAUUAAGGUGGAGUUUUUCCAUCCUCUCUCCAUCCCUUUUCCCUGGAAUUCCAAGGUCAACGUGUAUGUGGAGCAUUCAACACACAAUCAUCAGGAUGACAUCGCCAUUGGUUGGAACAACAAGGACCAGGUAUUAAUUUCAUCUUCCCUGAAAUUUGGAAAAGAGCAUGUAAAGUACCGAGCCACUGUCGUGCAGCCGUUUAAUUUCACCUUGAGGCAACUGGAGGUCAGUUCCCUGUCUGAAAGAAAAGGUGGAAAGUACGACCAGCAGAUACAGCUCACUUGGAAUGGUGGGCAGCCUGCUGACUUCAAAAUUACUUUGGAAGAUAAAUCUAAGUUCAACAUCACCCUCUGGGAUGCUUGUGUGGCAAUUUCUUCAGGUCAGCUUCAGAAAGUACUAACUGUAGGAAGUCUUCAGGCAUGUGGGUCUAUAAAACAAACAACAGUCUUGUUUACUGAAUAUCUAGAUCUGAACUGGGAUGGAAAAAAAAUCUCACAGAAUUUGACAUAUGAGAGAAACAGACCAUUGUGUCCAGAUAAAAUUCAGUUAGAAGCCACUUUGGAAAAUAUUUUUCUGACCUCGUGCAGCAGGCAACAUAUGCUGGGUAAAAUAGAAACAGACUUCUCAACUUGGCUGGAUUAUUACAUGAGUCUUGCACUGUGUGACCUUCCAAAUGUAAUUAUUCUCUCUGGAAGGCAUCAGCUCAACAGAGGAGAUAUCAUCCUGCAGUCAGAAGGCAGACUCCACCAUACUGGUGAUGUCAGAGAUGAUGGGGUGCUCACAAUAGCCUUAAAGAAUAACAGCACAGCUAAAGUGAAGAAAUAUUUGAUGGAAUUUGAACUAAAAGCAUCUGAGGAUAUUUGGCUAGGCCUGACAGGAACUGCUACUUCCUCAGCUGUUCAGAGCCAAGUCCUGAUGGAGGGAAAUAUUGAUCAAAAAGAGAAAGUAAAAGUAACUGCUUCUAAAGGAAAGGAGUAUCAUCAGUAUUACAUGGGCUAUGUAAAGGGGGACUUGGAGGAAGGAGUAGAGCUCACUGCAUGUACUGAUGGACAACAGAUGGCUACCAUUAAUGCUUAUCUCAGCGUUAAUGGCAUAAGGCAAGAAAGGAUGGGACAAUUGACCCUCACUGCUGUUAACCAGAGCUUGAGUUUGGUGGCUCAUGGUUGUGGAGAUCCAAUAGUUAAAGUUGAGAAUAAACUUAAUGAAAUUGGGUCCCACCUUAAAGCCAAACUCAUGGAGAAGAUCAAGAAGUUUGAUGAAUCUGUUUUGAAAUUCAGGAGAUCAGUGCAGCAAAUUGAUUUCCUGUAUGAAGCAGCUGGUUGGCCUUUGAAAGCCUCCCAAGAGGUUGCCGGAAUCCUCCAAAAUGGGGGGAAAGCUGUCACCCAGAUGUGGAAGCAGAGUGGAAUCAGGCAAACCCUGAGGAAUAACCUCCCACUUUACUUGGAAAAAAUUCAAGACACUGUCCAGCAAAUGCAAAAUGAACUGCAAAAGCCAUUAGCAACGCUGAAGGAUGCCUACUAUGAUGUGACUUUGAAGCCACUGGAUGAGGUUUGGCAAGAGAAAACAGAGGCAUAUAUGAAGAAAAUCCAGGCUUUUGUGCCCAGUAUUGUAAAGGAUGUAUGGUUAAUGGAACCAAUCCAGGUGACAUUAAGAGCCAUGAAAACAGGCUUGGAUAUGGCAACGCACCAGAUGCUGAGGUGGGCAGAAGCCAAGUUUUCCAGAGCUGUGAGCAAGAUCCGAAAGCCUUUAUCAAACCUGUACAGUUUUUCAGCCAGGAACUGUUCAGUGGCAGUGAAACUGCCAAUGCUGCCUAAAGGAGACCACUCUGUGGACCUGGCAAACAUCACUAACUACCUCGUUGAAGAAAAGCUAAUGAGGCCCCUCAGGGACCUCUACAACAUCAACCCAGUAGCUGAGUAUUAUAGAAUCAAACAGAGGAUGAUGGAGAGUCCCUUUGAAUAUCAUGCUGUGCUGAUGGGCAACAAGCACUUUAGGACUUUUGAUGGAAGGAUGUAUGAUCUGACAUCAAAGUGCAGUGUGCUUCUUGCCAAGGAUUUUGUUCACAAUACCUUUACCAUAGUGCUGAACCAGGAGAGUAGUGGUUUGAGAUCAUUGCACGUGGAGAUGAACCAGACUACCAUUGAUAUCUACCCAGGACUGAAGACAUACAAGAUGUACAAUUUUUCCCUGAUGGAAGAGAACUGCCUCAGUCUGGAUCAGUCCCUGGAAAAGAACGGCAUCACCAUGAGAAAAGAAGCUAACAGAAUAGAAGUAUUGAAUGAGAAUGGAAUUUCUGUCUCCUGUGACUUUCACUAUGAUCUCUGUACUGUUACCUUGGAUGGAUGGCAUCAUGGUGUAUCAGCUGGUCUUUUUGGUACCAAUGAUAACGAAGCUGGAAAUGAAUGGAUGCUUCCCAAUCACUCUUACACUGGUAGCGUGCAGGAAUUCACACAGAGCUGGCAGGUGAGCAGUUACUGCAGCUACGUACAGAAGAAGGUGAAACCGUGUUCCAUCACAGCUAAGCAAAACGUUUGUAAAGUGUUUUUUCAAGAACCCUACUCUCUUCUUAGGAACUGUUUCAAAGUUGUGGACCCUGAACCGUUCUACAGCAUGUGCGUGUAUGAUGCUUGUGACUCCAGUGAGUUGAAAGCUGCCUGCAACUUGGCAGCUGCAUUUGUCCACUUGUGCAGCAGAAAUUUUGUCCCCUUGGAAAUUCCUUCUCAAUGUGAAUAAGUACAGCAUGGGCAAGAGCAGCACAAGUUUCCUCACAUUGCCCCAUAAAUGUGCACCAGCUGUGUCUUGGAGGGACUACUCCAUUCUCUGCAGAGCCUGACAACAGAGAUGCCAAUAAGUAGCCAUUGA